AUGAUCUAUUCUGCUACACUUCUAGAGAAAAGGGAGGAGUAUUUUGACUUGAACAGCACUGUGAAUUUGUCCUGCACCAAUAAGAAGUUGUCAGUUGUGUACGUAAUGUGGAACAUUAACAUCAAUAAUUCCAAAUGCAUAAUAGCAUCUAAUACUGCAAAAGAAGAAGACACUUGUAACGAUGGAAAAGUUCUUCACAACAUUACUAAUGGUGAAGUCUACCUUCACAUUCCUCGCUUUACAAAAAAAGAUGAAGGACUUUAUCACUGUGAAAUAGCAUCCAAAGAAGGAAGUCACUCCACAGAAAUCAAAGUGUACGCUAGAGCCUCCCUAAACAUAUCCACCAGGCUGGAUGCAGACCACAGGGUCGCUGUGUGUUCAGCCACAGGAGCUCCUCCAGGUGUCUCCAUCUCAUGGAGGACAUCAUGGAACUCAACCGGUAACCAGAACUGCACACCAAACCCAGAUGGCACCUUCGACAUGGAGAGCCGUGUCAGCCUGCCUGAUGGUGUCAAUGAAACUGACCUGGAGUGUAUCGUCACACAUCCUGACUGGAACAAGAACCACACUGAGAUACUUCAUGUUCCUUCUUUGCUCAGAAUACUCUUUUCAGGACCAUACCAACAUCUCUGGCAGUGGAUAAUAAUAUCUGUGUGCUCCAUCUGCUUUUUAACGGGAGUACUGACUGGACUCUACAUCAUAAGGAAGCAUCUCAGUAAAAUAAGGAACUGUUGUAAAUUCAGGUUUUCCCCUCCUCCUCCUCCUCCUUCUCCUCAUGCUACAAUGAAGGACGUGGAAGAACUGGAACCCUACGCCAGCUACGUGCAGCGAAUCAACUCCAUCUACAACUCCUCUGCUGAGCUCUGCAACGUGUAGCUCCACUUGGAGAAGCACAAUCGCAGUGGUACGGAGGAUGGACGAGCGGAGGACACCUUGUCGCCUCUGAGACAAACACUCAGG